UAGUAGUCGCAUCAACGUGUGUCAGAAGGAGGUUGUAACUGCUGCUUCUGGGGAAAUGGCGAGCUGGUGUGUUCGAGCAGUGAGACAGAGCUACUCUCUAGUAGCCUCGCCCGCGUUGAUACGAGGGUCCCAGCGCUUUUUAUGUGCGGCCACCCAGCAGAAGAGUGGCCCCGGGUCGGAGGAUGAUGCAGCCGAGAAGCCGGCGCAGAGUGCAGCAGAGAAAGCCUUGACGGAGGACAAGUCCCUGCUGGAGGAGCAGCUCAAGGAAAUGACAGAUAAGUACAAGCGGGCCCUAGCUGACACGGAGAACCUCAGGACACGGAGUCAGAAGAUGAUAGCGGACGCGAAAUUAUACGGGAUCCAGGGCUUCUGCAAGGACCUGCUGGAAGUGGCCGACAUCUUGGAGAAGGCCACAGAGAGCGUGCCCAAGGAGGAGGUGACGAGCCAGAACCCUCACCUGAAGAGCCUGUACGACGGCCUGGUGAUGACCGAGUCCCAGAUCCAGAAAGUGUUCACCAAGCACGGCCUGGUCAAGCUCAACCCCGAGGGCCAGAAGUUCGACCCCUACGAGCACGAGGCCCUCUUCCACGCCCCUGUCGAGGGCAAGGAGCCGGGCACCGUCGCCUUAGUGACCAAAGUGGGCUACAAGAUUCACGGUCGCACCCUCAGGCCAGCGUUGGUGGGUGUGGCCAAAGCCCCAUAGAUAUACUGAGGGAACUGUGACAAAGUGGGAUUUGUUUUGUUGCCUGGGCAACGGAUGACCUGAGGUACAGUAGACUGGCGAAGGGCACACCGCUUUCCCAUGACCUGUCCUCACUCCCCUCCACCCUAAGGUGCCUCAGAGAUACGGGAAUCCAGCUGAACCGAACCUUUGUAUCUGGACAAAAAUCAUCUGUUAACACUUUGUCAAGCACGGGACAGUUUUUACAGUAAAAUGUUAGUCAGCAGUCAUGUCUCAUUUCAGGCAGUUACUGUCAGAGAUCAUUAAAGUAAUGAACCCGGUCACAGACAGAGGCUUUCAUGUCUCCUCCAAUCAACACAGAUCUGAACUGGAUGAUUUAAAGUAAAAUUAUCAUGAACCCCUUGAAUUUGCAAAUUUGGGGGUGACAGAUGGUGAAAAUACAUCCAUAAAGCAAGUGCCGAGUCUGAACUGCUGGGAUCAUUCCGGACUUUUUUUUUUUUGAAUUAAUUGUGUGAAUAAAAUGGAAAACAUUACUUGAGGAUGUGAGGAAAGGUUGAAGUUUGUCUGUGUACUGAGGGAGGCCUUCCUCAGCCUUUACAUGUAGGUAAGACAUCUCUGGUUCAUUUGGAUGGGACCAGGCUCCGGUAAGCCAGCCUCAGUCACAGUAAUGUCCCUGUGUCUUGUUGGGCAGUAAUGAAACAGUCAUGUAUCUAUAAACCAACCUAAUGAUGUAUUUGGACCUUUGUCCAGACUGUCACAGUAUCAGAAUAAACUGAAAGACUUGUUUUUUUCCUUUUACACAUUUUAUCUUCAAAUAAAUUAAAAAUUAAAAGCA